CAGAUAGGUCACAGUGGUGAGGGCUGGUGUGGCAUUCAGAAUGGCAGAGGAGCAGGAGUUCACCCAGCUUUGUAAGUUGCCCACACAGCCCUCCCACCCACACUGCAUCAACAAUACCUACCGCAGUACAAAGCACUCCCAGGCUUUGCUCCGGGGGCUGCUGGCUCUCCGAGACAGUGGGAUCCUCUUUGACGUUGUCCUGGUGGUGGAGGGGAGACACAUUGAGGCCCAUCGGAUCCUCCUGGCUGCAUCCUGUGAUUACUUCAGAGGUAUGUUUGCUGGGGGAUUGAAGGAAAUGGAGCAGGAGGAGGUCCUGAUCCACGGCGUGUCCUACAAUGCCAUGUGCCAAAUCCUGCAUUUCAUAUAUACCUCUGAGCUAGAGCUCAGCCUCAGCAAUGUGCAGGAGACAUUGGUUGCUGCCUGCCAGCUUCAGAUCCCAGAAAUUAUCCAUUUCUGCUGUGAUUUCCUCAUGUCCUGGGUGGAUGAGGAGAACAUCCUUGAUGUCUACCGGCUGGCAGAGCUCUUUGACUUGAGCCGCCUGACCGAACAGCUGGACACCUAUAUCCUGAAAAACUUUGUGGCCUUCUCAAGGACUGAUAAGUAUCGCCAGCUUCCCCUGGACAAGGUCUACUCCCUCCUCAGCAGCAAUCGCCUGGAAGUGUCCUGCGAGACAGAGGUGUAUGAGGGAGCCCUGCUCUACCAUUAUACCCUAGAGCAGGUGCAGGCUGACCAGAUCUCACUGCACGAACCCCCUAAACUCCUUGAGACAGUACGAUUUCCCCUGAUGGAAGCUGACGUCCUCCAGCGGCUGCAUGACAAGCUGGAUCCCAGCCCACUGAGGGACACGGUGGCCAGCGCCCUUAUGUACCAUCAGAAUGAGAGUCUGCAGCCCAGUCUGCAGAGCCCGCAGACAGAGUUACGCUCAGACUUCCAGUGUGUCGUGGGCUUUGGGGGCAUUCACUCUACACCGUCCACAGUCCUCAGUGACCAGGCAAAGUAUCUGAAUCCCCUGCUGGGAGAGUGGAAGCACUUCACUGCCUCUUUGGCCCCCCGCAUGUCCAACCAGGGCAUUGCAGUACUCAAUAAUUUUGUGUAUUUGAUUGGAGGGGACAACAACAUCCAAGGAUUCCGAGCUGAGUCUCGAUGCUGGAGGUACGACCCUCGGCAUAACCGUUGGUUCCAGAUCCAGUCCUUGCAACAGGAGCACGCAGACCUGUGUGUGUGUGUUGUGGGCAGGUACAUUUAUGCCGUGGCAGGACGCGACUACCACAAUGACCUGAAUGCUGUGGAGCGCUAUGAUCCUUCCACCAAUUCUUGGACCUAUGUGGCUCCACUCAAGAGGGAGGUGUAUGCCCAUGCAGGUGCGACACUGGAGGGGAAGAUGUACAUUACUUGCGGCCGCAGAGGGGAGGACUACCUGAAAGAGACGCACUGUUAUGACCCAGGCAGCAAUACCUGGCACACUCUGGCUGAUGGGCCAGUGCGGCGAGCCUGGCAUGGCAUGGCCACACUCCUUGACAAGCUGUAUGUGAUCGGGGGCAGCAACAAUGACGCUGGCUACAGAAGGGAUGUGCUUCAGGUGGCCUGCUACAGCUGCUCCUCUGGACAGUGGUCAUCUGUCUGCCCUCUCCCAGCUGGGCAUGGUGAACCUGGCAUUGCUGUGCUGGACAACAGGAUCUAUGUGCUGGGUGGCCGCUCUCACAACCGUGGCAGUCGUACAGGCUAUGUGCACAUCUAUGAUGUGGAAAAGGACUGCUGGGAGGAGGGACCCCAGCUGGACAACUCCAUCUCCGGCCUGGCAGCCUGUGUGCUCACCCUGCCCCGCUCCCUGCUCCUUGAGCAGCCCCGCAGGACCCCUGACCGCAGCCAGGCUGACCCAGACUUCGCCUCAGAGGUGAUGAGUGUGUCAGACUGGGAGGAGUUUGACAACUCUAGUGAGGACUAGGACUUCAGUGCCUGGCAUCAGAGGGAGGGUUGGCUGAGGCUUCCAGGGCAGUGUGAUCCACAGGUUGAGGCCAGCACACUUGGCCCUAGGUUCCGGCAGUUCCCCUAGAACGUGGCUCACCAGCUCCAACCACUCCUUUCUUUACUCCAGCCCCUCAGCGUUUGAAGGGCUGGUGUAGACCCCGUGGUUGUAGUUUAUGUCAUGCUUGGAAAUGUUUCCAAAAGGCCAUAGUCCUCUGAGGGAAUAACUAGGCCUGGUCCUUCUUGGUGAGCUUUGUGCGUCUUACAUCACCCUGUCUCUACUGCCCCCUCCUUCCCUAAUCUAGUCCCUGAUGGGCUGAGAAGGUCUAUUCUCCAACAGGACCUGGGGACUGGGAGCCUGGGCAGAGGCGCUAAGGCACAUGGCACCCACCCUUCUUUUCCGUGAGUAGAGCAAGGCUCCAGGAACAGCUGGACCCUGAGUGAUUGGGAGCUCCCAGAGUGCAGAAAGGGAGCAAAGACACGUAAAAGUUGCUUGGGACUGGCUCUGAUGAUGAAGAGAUCCCUACCAUUGGGUUUUUCUGACCCUGUGUUGUUGAUAAAUAGAAUAAAGUAUUAUACAAAAGA